AUGCUGGUUUUUUGUCCGUAUUGCGGAUCAAUGCUACAAAUCGAGGAAGGUGAUUCAUGUAUGCAAUUCUCGUGUCCCUCGUGUCCUUAUGUGUGUCCUGUGACUAAGAAGGUCAGUAGCCGGAUAUAUCCUAAGCUAAAGGAUCUCGAGGAAGUUCUUGGUGGACCUUCGGUUUGGGAUAAUGCCCAAGUAAGAUGGCAACAGUUAUUCUUCUCUGCAAAUAUUGCUAAGUCGCAUCUACGGCUUAGUCCUUCUUUCAUUUUGAGUGCACCGAGUGCGCUCUAUUUAGUUUUCAGAAAUCACGUUGCACUGCCUUUGAGAGCAGCAUAUCAAACUAGGAAUGUUGAGAUCUCUUCACAAGUACAUAAGGGUGAGGAUAUAGUUAACGCGUAUGAGCGUUAUCACGCUGAGUUGAUCUUAGUAGUCCAGGAUGAGGCGUGUGAAACAGCCUUGUCUUAUUUAAGGGCCCCAAUGAUACACUGUGUUUACGAAGAGAUCCCUUCAUAG